CUGGCAUUGAACUCGAAGUUGAAACAGUGCGAUUGCUAGGGCGCAUUGCCUUCAUGCUGAAGCCGAAGUGAUCGAAGGAGAUUUGAGCUCAAAGCACUUGUUUUUGAGCUCUUCGUCCAACGCAACCAGCCGAUUGCUUAUAUUCCUGCACAGAAACUCCAAUGCAGACCUCCUCGGGUCUCAUUAGCAGCAAUGCUGUGGGCGGUGCAUGCAUGCAAGCCCUUAGAAAGCGGGACUGUGGCAGCAGAAGCCACUGCGCUCUCACUGGCGAAAGCGGGGCAACUUGGAGAAAUUGGGAGGAGGUUGCUUGCCAGAGAAAAGCUCAUCUUCAGAGAAGGAGGACGAAGAGGGUGUCAAGUUGUGGUGGGGACAGCUAUUCAAACAGGAAAGACUUGCUCAGGCGCAACAAUCCUCAGGGAGCUUCACUGCAAUCUGCAUUUGCAUCACCACGGUGGGGGCAAGCGUUAGGAUGCCAAUCAGGAACUCUCUUGAUGCGGAAGCGCCGCAGGAGGGCUACAUCGGCGGUCUGGCAGGACGACGCUCCGUAUGCAAUUGCAAUUGGAGUCACAAUCGCAGUCACCGCCGCCCCGCUGAUCUUUCCCGUCCCCUGGAGCGUGAAGGCGGCAGUGGACGAGAAGAAACGAUUCGACGAUUUCAACACGAUGGGGGAUGAGGACACAAAGUAUACGGCGAUGGCCGUGAUCAGCUUUCUGCCGCUGUUCAACUGGCUGGCAUGGGUUUUGGCGUGGCUGGACUCAAGCGACCCCCGCUACGCCCUCUACGCAGCUGUGUAUCUUGCUCCGUGGGUCAAGAGCGGGUUGAAUUUCACGGACAGCUGGUUGCCGCUAGGAGCCGUCGCGUUGGGAGCAGCCCACGUGCAGCUCGACCGUUACGUCCAGUCUGAGGGCCCGGUUCGUUCUCUACCGACCGAAAGCGAACAGCCAGCGGAGCUGAAAGAGGAGAAGGCGCUGCCGGCGGGAGCCUUCGACGACCGGGGCUGGGCUGCUAACGUCCAGGAGAAAGACUUGAAAAAGCUGAAGCCGCUGUCAGAGGAAGAGAUCCGGAGAAGGGAGGAGAAAUGGGAGCUAAAAAGGUGGGACCAGCAGUUUGCCGAAAGAUUAGAGGCGGAGGCUGCCGCGGAGGAAGCUUUGCCGCAGGAAGAAGAGAGGUGAUCUUUUCCGAGGAAGAUUGACGUCAUGAUACUUGCAGUGCGGAGCGUGUUUGUUCCUAGAUAGGCUGUCCUCUCAGGUACCCGUUGAUACGGGAUUGGAAACUGUGUUUUUGCUUGCGCGCUCGAUCCUGGCAGCGCGCCGGAUUAAUCUGUGCCUUGUUUAGAAUCAUAGGAUUGUGUUUGAUACUGAUGCUACAGAAGGAUUCUUGGAUGUCACCGCAUUCUCUUUGCGGCAAUUCAGUGGCACUUAGUUAGCUAAGAUUUCUAGAAGCAGAUCAAUCGAACUUGUGCUUCAUUAAAUGCAAAACCCAUGUAGUUCUGAGACUGAAUUUUGCGGCCUCUCUAAGCCGUGCAAGCUUCCCAUCAGAUGACAUCAGGUUUGAGCAAGCCUGAGCGACCUCUGACGAUGUCUAGUGCUUUUGCAAACAAAGGAA